GAGAGACUUCGAACAUUGACAAUCAUGUUUUCCACAAUGAUUUUAUAUCGAAUAUUUGGCUGUCUGCUCCUGAUUUUGUUGUCGCAUGCUGAUGCUAGAAAAUCCCAUUACUUAGAGACCAUUUUAGAAUCCCUGCAACGUCUCGAAAACAUACUUGUGAAACAAACCGAACAAAACACAUUUUGUAUUUUGCCAGCCGAGAAGCUACGCAACCUGAUUUCAGAACACCAAAUAUCUGAUGAUAGCAAUGAGAACAACAUCCAAUAUUCUUCAACGCCGAAACAGCUAAAGCAUCAAAAGAAGCCCAAGAAUGACAAUGAAAAUGUGAAUGCUAAUAUUAACGAAAACUUGAACACGAAUUUUAAGGCCAGUCGGCAUCAUAGACGUUCUUACAGCGGUGGUGAUUCACGUUUACCCAAAACACGAAAUCAAAAUAUGAAUAGUAAUAUCAAUUUGAAUAGCAAUGUAAUGACAAAUAGAGAAGAUGCAUCCGAUUUCAACGACGAAGAUGAAGUUUAAAUUCAGAUAAACUUCGGGCUUCUCCUAAAAAAAUCAAGACUAUCAAGAUUGCUAC